AUGAACACUGAUAGCGAUAGCCCCGAAGGGAACGAGGGGUCAGAUCCGGACUGGGACGAGACUCCGCCGAAGAAGCGGCCGAAGUCUACGCCUGGAAAGAAGCAGCAGGGUAAUUGCGCGGUGCAGAUCCCUCGCCCUGCAAACAGGGAAACAAAAACCACAGAAGGGCGCGAGUCUCCCAAGAAGAAGCGGCGAGCUCGGCGAGUAUUGUCGGCGGAAGAGGCAAACCAUAAGCUCGAGAAGUCUCAGAAAGAUCUUCAAAGAAGCAGAGAGAGAUUUGCGACACUCAGGACAAAGCGGUUGGAAUCAGAUGCUAGGUGUGAGCGGCUCAGAGAAAAGGAAAUGAAGGCCAAGAACAGAAAUGCCCAGCUCGAAGGCGAAAUCGAAGAUCUCGAAGUUCAAAACAUCGGCCUCAAAGAGGACCUUCAGAAGCUGCAAGCCGAGCAGGUGGAACGUUUGGGGAAACGGCAUACUGCUCACAAUGACCGUUGGGUCAUCACAGCCCUGGAAAAGAUAUUUGACGAAUCAAGAAAGUGGAGCAAGGCCUGGACCCAGAGAGCAUGGACCAGUGUCGACCUUGGGCAGCUGCAGAGAGCUGCGGAAGAACCUGGAAAACACGGCUUGAUACACCAUGCGACGCCAGAAGUUCAUUACGCCAUUGAAGCGGCUCGCUUGCCCGUGUGGAUUGUGGUGAACAAAAUUCUGAAUGAGUUUUUCUGCUCUGCAACAUUCAAGAGUCCCUUCGCCAGCCUCGGAAAGUUGCAUGAUGAUGGCAGAGAAGGCGAUGUCGAAACAGCGCUCGACUGGGUAAUUGAAAAGGCCAAGCAGGGAUCCUUAGAACAGGGUAGUAUAUUGAGAGCAAACAUCCUCCGUGCUCUUGGUGCGCCUGUUCUUGAGGAGAGAGAGCGAGAUUCUCUGCCCGACCUUGCGCCAGACACGCAAGACUCAAUCAGAUCUGUGUGUAACGAGAUGGUCUCUUGUUUCUUAGGCCGUUUCGAGACAGUCUUGGGAGCUGUACGUAACCAGAAGUAUGAAAUCAUGCGACGUAAACAGCUUCAAGCCAUCUUUGAAGCAUCAAUGGCACUUUCAACCUCCCUCGCCACACAAAACCCGGAAAUACAAGUCUGCUUUCUGCCCGAGUUGGCGGAUGCGUGCUUCUCUUUGGAUCACCCACAACUUCGCGCUCACCGCGCCAUGGGUUUGAAAGAAGAUCGAAAUGCCGAAGAUGGUCUUGACCCAGAUGAUAUUGACAUUGACGGUCAGCCAAUUGAUAUGGUGAUCGAGCCGAUGGUGGUGAGAAGUGGGAACGAAGAUGGUGAAAACUACCAAAUGCAGAAGAUUCUGAAAAAGGCUGAGGUUUGGAUGGUCAAGGACGCAGAUCUUCCACCUCCCUUCGGGCGACAAUAG